AUGGGUUACGAACAAUUAUUUAGAGAAUAUUCUCAAUCUACACCUAUUUCUCCAUCAUAUAAAUUAGAAUCACAACCAACCUAUGCUAUAAUAGCUUGUAUUUUGGCAGUAUUAUUUAUUUCAUUAGGUUUAACUAUUUCUAGUUCUAAAUCAAACUUUGCUGUAAAACUCAUCCUUUAUACAACUGUUUCUGCUCUGGGCAGUUUAUUUUGUGGCUUAAGUGCCGUGUUUGCUUCUAAUUCAUUCGGUGUAUACGUGUGA